AUGGCGAUUCAAACCCGUCAUAAUGGCGGGUCCACCACAGCUGUCGUUGAGCUUGAUCAAUUGCCGGUUGCUCAGCAUCACAUAAGCAAUACCGACAAGUCGUCGUCACCACAGAGUGUCCAGCCUAUAGAUACGGGCUCUCCUGGACGAGUACUUGGAUCCUCCAAAGAUCCCAAUGACCUGCUUCCAUCACCAACAACAGCGUCCGUCAGAUUACAGAGAUGGAAUUCCUCUCGAGUGAAUGUUCUGAGAACUUUCGCGACCUUUUUUGCAUUUCUGCUAAUGGGGGCCAAUGAUGCGGCAUAUGGGGCUCUCAUACCAUACUUGGAGGCAUACUAUGAUCUCAGCUACACUGUCGUAUCGUUAAUCUUUCUCUCGCCAUUCAUCGGCUAUGUAGCCUCCGCUCUCUCGAACAACUGGAUCCACCUCACUUUUGGUCAACGAGGCGUAGCUUUUCUCGGACCAAUGUCUCACCUGAUCGCGUAUGUAAUCAUUGCUGUACAUCCGCCAUAUCCCGUCCUGGUCGUUGUGUUUAUCCUCGCUGGGUUUGGCAAUGGUCUCGAGGAUGCUGCGUGGAAUGCCUGGGUGGGAAACAUGGCAAGGGCUAAUGAGGUUCUCGGUCUUCUGCAUGGCUUCUAUGGUCUUGGAGCAACAAUCUCUCCCCUGAUCGCGACGAGUAUGAUAACGAAGGGGAAGCUUCCGUGGUAUGCAUUCUAUUAUGUGAUGAUCAGUCUGGCAGUCAUCGAGCUUACCACUUCUCUCUCCGCAUUCUGGAAUGCCAGUGCUGAGCAGUUUCGCGCCGAGAAUCCUCGAACAUCAAGCCAGGGCAACAGCCGCUUGAAGCAAGCACUUCUGAAGAUGCCUGCUGCCCGCGUUUCAUGGCUGAUCUCCCUUUUCCUGCUCAUCUACGUCGGUAUCGAAGUUGCGCUUGGUGGAUGGAUUGUCACAUUCAUGCUCAACCAGCGACAAGGUACAGCCUUUGCCAGUGGAAUGGUAGCAACAGGAUUCUGGCUUGGCGUCACCGUUGGCCGUGUCGUGUUAGGGUUCGUUACGCCAUUGAUAGGCGAGCACACCGCAAUGCUGGUGUAUAUUCCCAUCACUCUUGGUCUAGAGUUGUUGUUUUGGCUCGUACCGCAAUUCUAUGUCUCUGCCGUCGCCGUCAGUCUCCAGGGAUUCUUUCUGGGACCGCUGUUUCCGGCUGCAGUUGUGGCGGCGACGAAGCUUUUACCACGGGACCUACAUGUCAGUACAAUCGGAUUUGCUGCAGCCUUCGGAGGCUGCGGUGCUUGCGUAUUUCCAUUCGCCGUAGGUGCUAUUGCGCAGGCGAGAGGCGUGCAGGUUUUGCAGCCAAUCAUUCUUGCGCUACUCGCAACGAUCUUGGUCCUCUGGCUUGCUCUCCCUCGGUUCAACAACAAGAAGAGAGAAUGA